AUGCAGAGUCUCUCCGGAAAGACAGAUCCCUCUACACUGUCGGCGGUUUUUAGCCUCGUGCUCCCGUACCAGCCGCCACGCAACAAGCUCGCGGCCUACGUGUGGCGCAAGCGCAUGCUCUUCGAGAGCACCACUGGUCUCGUUUACCUCGAGCCAUGGGAGAAGCUCUUCAUAUUCUCGGUCGCUCUCAUCCCCUCGGCAUGCCUUCUUUUCGUCUUCGUUCUCGCUCUCACCCCCAUGCUCGAAAUGGCAUCGUUGUACAUCCGCGCUUCACUCACCUCCAUUGAAUGGGCCCUAACUUAUCCCGGUCUCUUCGUCCGCAUUCCCGACUCUGUCCCAGGGGAGAUGCAGAUGUGGGUUGCGAGAAACUUAUCGCGUGCAUUGUAG